CGUGACGUCAUGACGUUAGGCGUUCAUUGCCGUCCUUCUAAUGGUUGCGUUUUUUGAUGUUAGAUGCUCGUUCGUUUUGCGUGCAUACAAUUUUACUCCGCGGCGGAUGCUGCUGCCGCGCAAGGAAAACACGUUUGGGUCCUUUAUACCCUCUCUCGCGUCUUGUGUCGUUUAUCGCAGCUCCGGUCCUCAUCACCCGGUGCGGCACGGACGCUGGCCAGCCGGCUCUCGGCUUUGCACCGUCGAAUCAGCGCCACUUUUUCACAGGGCAUCUUUUCUGGCAGAGUUGCCCUUACAAUACCCAGAAUCGUCACGAUUGCAUCGUAUCCAGUUGACGGACCCGACAAGAAAAACCAACUGAUUUAGUGGCGUCUGUGUGUGUCUAUAUAUAUAUGUAUGUUGGCAUGUGUUGGUUGGCCUGUUGGCAGACGUAAAUAUGGUCGUGGAGCGUCGUUUAGAAGAAUUGCCGAGAUAGCAUCUUUUGUUUCGUAUCAAGUCGAUGUGAUUUGAUGGCCGCUGCUUUUCUGGCUGCUUAGCGUUUGAUCUAUCCUUUAUUGUAUAAUAUGACUGCGGCCGGACAUUCUGACCUGUUGACUGGGACUGAACUUGGAUUGGUUAACACCCCUCGUAUUUCUAACCGUGUUGGUUUAUAAAGCAGACGCCUGCACGCGUCCCAGACGCGCACUCGACGCGAACGACGCUGGGUGACGGCCCAGCCGGCCACCAAACGUUGAUCAAUCAAUUUCGAUCAGUUCGCAUAGCGGCGUGGAGGAGGCCGUUGUAUCUGAAAAAAAAGCUGUUAUUUUGUGAGUAAAACCUGGUGUUGUUUAGUUAAUCACUUCGCACCCGAUUACUGUGCUAUGAAGACCUUCAGUGACUACAGCUGCGUUUUGCUUGGGAGCAUAGUUCUUAGUGUCGCAGUCGGACAGAGUUUCACGUUUCGGGAAACUCAAAGUACCGAGAGACCAGUUGUUGGACAAUAUUUUUAUGGCAGUGGAUUUGGUCAACAACAAUAUUUCGGACAAAAUGUACCCAGCAUAGCAACUCCGAUUGAACAGAGGCGGGAUAAUCCCAAUGAUCCAUACAACCAAGGUGGCAUGUUACCAAAUCUAGGCCCGAUUCAAAAUGGAGGUGUACAGAAGGAUCCCCCAGCACCUGAUGAUGUUCCUCCUGGUCAGUGUAUUUGUGUGCCAUUCUACCAAUGCACCCAGGGGCACAUCAAUGAUGACGGGUCAGGGAUUCUCGAUGCACGAACUAAAAGCCCACCCCAGAAUGAGAUUCCGCUCGAUGGUCUGCUCGGUGGUGACGAGAACUGCCCCGGGAUUGAUCAACUAUGCUGCAAGGAACCUAGGGGAGCUCACGAAACGAGCGACAUUACUUUUUCAUGCGGUAUACGUAAUGACAACGGACUCAACAGUCGGAUCCUACAGAAGCAUGCCAAAGGGGAAGCAGAGUUUGGUGAAUGGCCUUGGCAAGCGGCUGUUCUAAAGAACAUAAAUGGACAAGUUCACUUUGAGUGUGGAGGUACCCUAAUCAGCAGUCGUCACGUCCUUACUGUGGCCCAUUGUGUAUACAAGUCACAGGCUUCGGGCAUACCUUUGGUGGUACGUCUCGGAGAGUGGGACACAAAGAGCGAAGUCGAAUUCUACCGCCAUGCCGACUACCUCGUCAAGAAUAUUAUCAUCCACCCUAACUUCCGCAACGCUUCCCUUUGGAACGAUAUUGCCGUACUCGAAGUGGACGGUCCCAUACAAUUCCAACCGCAUAUUCAGCCUAUUUGCCUACCCAAUCCGGGCGAAUCAUACGAGGGCCAUGACUGUAUCGUGACUGGCUGGGGUAAGAACUCCUACCGUAGUGGAAGCUAUUCGAAUAUCAUGAAAGAGGUCAAAGUGCCUGUUAUCGAGAACGUUAACUGCCAGCAGAAGCUUCGACGGACACGACUCGGACCUUACUUUAAGCUGUUCGAGGGUUUCAUUUGUGCUGGAAGUCAAGAAGGUGAAGAUUCGUGCAAAGGUGAUGGUGGGGGUCCCCUAUCAUGCUAUCGUCAUGACGGUCGGUACGCGCUGGCCGGCCUCGUCUCGUGGGGUAUUGAUUGUGGUUCGAGGGACGUUCCCGGCGUUUACGUGCGUGUUACGCGUUACUUAGACUGGAUUGCCGAAGUGACUGGAAAACCCAUCUCGUCUUUCAACCCCUAGCAUAUAUCCAGAUUUCUAGUGCCGCAUUACGACAAACUGAGCACAAAGAAAGCGAACAUGUGUGUUUCGCACCUCACUGAUGCUAGCUUCUGUAACAAAACAAAUUACAAUCGAGCGAAGGAAUGGACGAAACAAGACGGAGAAACCAAUAACGAGGCUUAAAGUGUUACCUGUUCCUUAUUAUUAUUAUGGUUAUUUUAGAGCGAACACAUUGUUUUCCUUAAGGAGCGGGUUUUUUCAUCGAUGUAGAUAUGACAAGAGCUGUAGCCCUCAAAUAGUGAAAUAUACAUAAUAUUUGAUAAUAACAAUGUUGGUAUUACUGCGGAUAAUAAUAAAUAUUAAUUGAAAA